AGUUGAACAAUUGUGCAACUGUCGCCAGACAAGGAAGUGAUUUUGUAUUGUUUAUUGAAAUUAGGUGUUUAACAUUUAUCCCUUGAUUUCACAAUGGAUCCCAAGCAGCAAGAACUCAGCAAAGACCAGUUGAAAGUACUGAAAGACGCCUUCGAUGCAUUCGACAAGGACAAAACGGGCAGCAUUCCAACGGACGUGGUGGGCACCAUCCUCGAGCUGCUUGGCCACACGCUGAACGAAGAAGAACUGGAGGAUGUGAUCGACGAGUACGACGAGGACGAAUCCGGCCAGCUGGAAUUCAACGAGUUUGUGCAGCUAGCGUCGAACUACGUAGAACCUGAGGAAGACUACGAUGCACUGCGGAAGGAGCUGAGGGAGGUCUUCAUGAUGUACGAUAAGGAAGCUAAGGGUUUUAUUCCAGUAGAUGCAUUCAAGCAAAUCCUCAGAGAGUUAGAUGGAGCGGUACCAGAGGAGGAACUAGACGACAUUGUAGAUGAGAUUGACGCUGACGGGUCGGGAACGGUAGACUUUGAAGAAUUCAUGGAAGUCAUGACAGAUCGAGAUCCAAACAAGGAUUAA